AUGUACAUCUGCAAAAGUCUCUUCUCUCUUUCUCUCAAGAAUUCUGCACAUCUCAACAAAACCCCAAUCUCUCUUUUCUCUCUCCUCUUCUUCUCUUCCUCUCCAAAAACCCCCAAUGCGGUAGCUGAUUACUUGAUUGAGAGACACAAAAUUUCUCCUGAAACUGCUUCGAAAGUCUCUUCCUCUCCAAAAAGCCCCAAUCUGACAAGGCCUGAAAAGAUCGAUUCGAUUCUGUCAUUUCUCCAGGAAAGUGGUUUUGCGGAUACCAAUCUCGAGCAUGUCAUAAAAAACGCGCCUCAACUUCUCUCUGCAAAUCUUGAGCUUUCCAUCAAACCCAAAUUCAAGUUUUUUCAAGACUUGGGUAUUUCUUGUAGCGAUAUUGUGAAAAUUGUUUCGUCUGACCCACGGAUUCUAGCUUGUAGCGUUGAUAGUCAUCUUGGCCCAUCGAUUUUAUCAUUGAAGAGUAUUUUGGGUUCAAAUAUGGAUGAUGUGUCUAAGGUUUUAAAGAAAUCUCGGAGGAUUUUGGCUUAUGAUUUGGCGAAAACUAUGAUACCCAAUAUUGAAUUUUUGAAGAGCUGUGGCAUUAGUUCGUCGAAAAUAACUCGAAGUGUCUAUAGUUUCCCAACAUUUUUCUAG